AGCUAAAAAUUAAAAUCCAUCGUUGUCAAACAGCUUGAAUGGUUGUAGUAUUGUACUAUCUGAACCAACGAUCCAAAAAUCAGAAGGAAAAAAAAAAGACAACCAAUCAAAAAAGAAGAUUUAAAUAAUCAAUAUUAUUGAGAAAAACCCAACAAAAACAAAACUUGGCCACACAAAAGCAGCUAGCAACAGCUCUCAUCCAAUUCCUCACCCACAAACCCAUGAAGAAAAAGAAGGCCUCAUCUGCCGAGGAAGUCGCUGCCGUCGACGAAGAUGCACGCCGGCGUCACCACGAGCAGGAAAUCCUCAAGGCGGCGGCACAAGCCUGGUAUUCCCACUCGGGGAUAAAGUACUCCAACCCCACGACGAGCGAGCACGACGCUCACCGGCGCAGCUUCCACGGCCACCGUGCUUCCAGGUUCCGGACAGAGGCAUUGAUCGGCGGUCGCAAGUCGAUUGCCGCCGGCGGCGGCGGCAGCAGCUGGGAUUUCAGGCAGUCGCUGCUGGAUUCACAUGAGAUUGUGGCCGUUUCUAGGAAGCUGGAGAGUAGAGGGAUUGUUGCUUUGGAUGAAAAAUUCGGAGGCCAGGUGGAAGAUCAUGCUGAUGAUGAUCCCGGCGGUCGAGGCGGCGACGGCGGAGGCCGGAAUCGGAGGAAGGUGGAGAGGGAGAGCAGGAGUAGUCUUAGGAAUUUGUUGAACCGCAUAUUUUUGUAGUCUGUUUUAUUGUAUUUUUAGUAGAUUUCAAACAGUAUUGGAGACUACUAUUGUACUGUUUAUAUGUUGUGAGAAUUGGUAUAGUUCUACCGUAAGAUUAAAUACUAUAGAGACGACAAUAAAGUCUAAUCGAUUUACAGGUCGAUUCGAAAUUAUCUAAAUCUAAGUAUAGUUUGUUUGGGUUUUAAUGUUUUAUCAAUUUGAUUUUGACCGAAUUUAUGGAAAGCUCACAGUUAAACAUGUUCGUUUUAGCAUUGACGAAAUAUCCAGAUUGUACCCAAAGUUUCGUCGGGUGAAUGGGCUUUCACUCAAUAUAGUUCCCCAAAGCCUGCUGAUCAGAACAGGCCCAAAGGAUAGUUUCCUAGCUUGGAUGCCAACUGAUCAGGUCCAGCCCAAUAUCCAUGGACACAGGCAUUUUUAAUUUUUUAUGCAUUUAGAAUGAUUUAUGGGGUUCAGGAUCAGAGUCAUUUAUCGUAUUAUACGAUUAUUAUUAUCAUUCGUCUGUAACGUGAUGGGAUAUAUUAGUUGUUUCAGUUUGGGUUGAUGAUAUCACAAUUCACAACCACAUCGAAGCAUGGAUUGUUCAUAUGGUCUUUUCUUAGCACAGUAUUCAUAUGGUUAUGGUCUUUCACUUACGAGAUUAGGUUGAAAUAUUCAUUGUUGUCGAUAUAUUUAAACGCUACUUAAUUAACAGUUUUAACUCUUAAUUCGGAAAGGUUGAAAAGUUACACUUCAAUAAAAGCGAUAAUUUUUUUGUGAUUGAGUAAAUGGAUUCGAUGAAACGAAACAUUAAUGGAAUUUCUAAUACCGUCAUGUCAGUCUAUCGGUUGAAAAUCACACAAUUUAUAUUAGACUGAAUGGAUCUAAACAUGUUUAAAAUUUGGUAACUUUUCUCUUUAUUUGAGAAAUAAAAAUAUUCGGUAAUACUUUUAGAAAUUAAAGUUGAUAAGAUGCGAGACACAGUAAAAAAAAAACUAGUUGGUGUGAUGAAAAAAAAAACUAGUUUAGUAUGCAUUGAAUAAAUAAAUAAAAGUCUUGAAUUCAAGAAUCGAAACAGCGCUAUUUUUAUACUUUUUAUUUAUGAUGAUUUUUCGUUUUGACUCGAUUAAUUUCGUUUUGUCCGCCGGAAUUAGCAGAGCUCCGAGCAAUUGCUUUUGGCCUACAGGUGGCGGAGGAGCAUAAUUUCCGAAUGGCGGUGGUGGAAAGCGAUUGUCUCGCUGCCAUCCAACAGCUCCAGGUGAAGGAAAUGACGAGACUGGAAGGCGGAGUGCUGGCCCGAGAAAUCAGAGAUAGGGCAACGGGUCUCGGGUCGGUUCGGUGGAAUUUCAUAAAACGAACCGGUCCAUGCUAUGACCCAUUUAGCUUGUAACUGGGACACAACAAAACUUUGGGCUUUAAGAUCUCCUAUGUGCUCUGUCUAUUCUUUCUUUUCUUGAGAGGUAUGGUUUGAUUUAUGAAUAAAAUACAGAUUUCAAUAUAUAUAUAAUUAUUAUCCACCUAAUUCAUGCAAAUGUACAAAUUGUGCUUUUUCGACUAUAAAGCAGCGUUAAUAUUAUUAGUAUGUAUAAACUAUAAAUUGUUCAUCCUAGUCAUACUGUGAUUCUUCCAUCGGCGGGCUUAUAAGCAGAUCUCCAAGUCCUCCAACCCAUUCAUUAUUUCCUGCACAAUUCCACUAACACCUAAAAAAAUUAAAUGGCUGUUUUCCAC